CGAGACUACUUCCUCCUCAUACAAUUUCCAAUUCUCUCCGUCGUUCCCGAAUUCUCCCGCCGCGAACCCUAGUUUCUCCGAUCCCAACGAUUCUAAAAUAUCAAUCAAUCUUAUCCAUUGAGAUUUCUCGAUGGGAAAAUGGAACAACCGAUCCAGAUUCAACCGUCGCAGAUCUCCUUCCCGAUGGUACAGCGAAAGACCUUCUUCUUCCUCCUAUGGUUAUGGUGAAGAAGAUGGGAUUCCAGUGUGGGAGAAGAGAUUCUGCGAAGUGAUUGGAUCAGUGCCAUGGCCAAAAGUUGUUGAAGCUACUAACUUCAAGAGCUGGUACAAUGGUAACGUCAUCACUUGGGAUGAUUCCGCUUGUCAAGAGACUUUCAACAAUGAAAAGAAACGGUUUUGGUCUCAAGUUAAUGGAGUUCACUGUGAUAUCUCUUUGCCUGAUCCGGAUCUUUACGUUAGUGAAGUUGAUUGGGACACUAGGGUUGAUCCUGAACUGAUUAGGGAGUUAGAAGAGGCUUACUUUGCUCCUCCUGAUGAUGUGAAGUCUGGUUUGAAACGAGGGAGGAGAGAUAGGAGUUGGAGUGGUUGUAGUAAUCUUGUCCCUAUUGAAGAGACUCGGAUGUUGAAGGUUCCGUGGGAAGGUAGUGAGGAAGUUCGUGAUGUUGAUUGUGGUUUGGGGAAGAAUGGGAAUGGAUGGAAUGUAGCAGAGUGUAGUAGUGAUCAUCUGAAUGAUAGGACGAGGUCGUGGGGAGCUAAGGCUAGUUGUGGAGACGAGGAAGGAAAUGAGAUAACGUCUGGGGAUGGCAGAUGGGGCCAGGGAAACGAUGGAUGGGAUACGUCAGGACAACAGAACAAGAAGGCGAGAGGUUCUGAAAGUGUGCCAGCGAAAGAGGAUGAAAUGCUUGACAAUCCUUGGGAAGCUAAGCCUAGUUGUAGAGAGGAGAUAACAGAAGAUAAUACUUGGGGUGGUUGCUCUGGUAAAGUGUGGGAUGAUGAUAAAGGUUGGGGCAGUGAUGGAUGGGAAAAACGAGAUUUGGAGAUGAAUGAGUGGCGUCGUCGUACAAGAUGUAGUCAGGAUUAUAGAGAGCCAAGGAGUUAUAAUUCAUGGAAAGCUGGAAUUGUACCUGACAAUACAACUCGGAGAGAGUAUGGGGCUAGUGCAGGCGGUUGGCAGACAAGUAGAGUGAGUGAGACGAAUAGAAGAGAAUGGGAUGUGAAACGAUCAAGUGAUGGUUGGGGAAGGCGAAAUAGAGAAAGAGAUGAAUCUUGUGGAUACAACACUAACUACAGAAACUCAAGGCCUAUAAGAGAUGAUUAUCAGAACAGGAAGGUCAAUUUCUCAUCUAAGUAGAUCGAGUAAUCUAUAGUUCUCGGGGAUGUUUUGAUGUUUUAGUUUAAGAUAAGUCAUUAAGAUGCCUAUAGAAAUUCAAACUAGGGUUUUUGUUUCACAUUUAGUGCAUAUACACGAGUAUGGCUACUCUUUUUGAUGAUGAUGUUUCAUAGUAAACUAUUCAUAGUAAUAUGAUAAUGUUUCUUUCUAGAGUGGUUUUAAUCACAUUUUACCUAAUCUCUUCCAACUUCAUAAAGUAAGGCAUAUGCACACAUGUUAGCACUUCUGUUUUGGCUACAUGCAUCCCUUCAAAGCUUUCUCAUCUCAUUUUUAUAAUUGAAAAGUAAUGAACUCUG